AUGGCAUUGACGGAUACUGGAAAAGAGAAUGUGGUCGACUCAACCAAUAACGUCCAGCAUGAUGAAGUAGCCGACGGCACCAACCACGGCCCCAAAGCUGUAGUCUCCGAAGCGGCUGCCAGAGGUCAAGGCAUCUCUGGAUAUGAAGAGCUCAGUCCAUGGCAGACCAUCAUGCGCUUCAAGCUCAAUUCGCUUGUUUGUUUUGCUGUGACUUUCAGCGCCGCUACUGAUGGAUAUCAGAUCGGUAUCAUGGGGAACAUCAUUGCAAACACAGGUUUCAUCGAGCAGUUUGGUACCCAGCAGACUGAUGAUGGAGUCGUUCUAGCCUCCUCUGUCAUGAGUGUUUGGAACGUCAUUGGAGCAGUCGGACAGAUCGUCGGUAUGACGACUCUACCAUUCCUUUCCGAUAAGUAUGGUAGAAAGGUCGCAAUGUUUUGGUACUGGUUUCUCCUUGCUAUCAGCGUCGCCAUCGAGUGUGUUGCCAAGGACUGGAGAGUCUGGACUGUUGCUAAGAUCUUUGGUGGCAUUGGCGUCGGUUGCUUGCAAUCGACCAUCCCAACUUAUGUCUCUGAGGUAGCUCCUACGCACGUUCGUGGAGUUUUUCUCAUGUGUUACAGCUUCUGGUUCACGGUUGGUCAGUUCUUCGCUCCAGUUGCUUUGCAGGUCAUGCACUCUCAAGACCCUACCAAUUAUCUCAUUCCGCUCUACACGCAGUGGUCUCAGGUUGGACUGAUGUUUAUUAUUUAUCUCUUUGUGCCUGAGUCGCCUGCUUGGUGUGUCUCUCGUGGCAAGUUGAAGCGGGCUGAGGAAUCGCUUUCCUUCCUUUACCGCGGAGUACCCGACUUCGACAUCGAUCAUCAUAUCAACCUCAUCAGCAUGAAUCUCGAGCACGAGCGCAGCGUUGCCGCAGAACAGAACAGGGAAAAAUGGUAUUCCAUCUUCAGAGGUCGUGAUGGUCUCCGAACGGUUAUUUCCUUCUGGACGCUCAUGUCACAACAAUUUCUUGGCCUCGGAAUCUUUUUCGCUUAUGCUACCUACUUCUUCCAACAAGCUGGGGUCCAAGAUCCCUUCAAAGUUACUUGCAUUACAUCAGGUAUCAACAUAUUUUUCAGCGUCAUCAUCAUCUUUGCUUCGGAUUAUUUAGGUCGCCGUGUUCUAGCCUGUAGUGGCACAACCAUCUGCUGGGUGUGUUGCGUGGUUGUUGGCAUCCUCGGAGUUGUGCCGCAGGCCAAGGCAACGGAUUACCUCUUGAUCCUUUUUGCCUGUAUCUGGAAUGUCGGUCUAGUCGCUAAUGGGGCCACUGGAUGGGGGUUCAUUGGCGAGAUCUCCUCUCAACGACUCCGUCCUUAUACGGCUGGUUUCGCAGCGGCAUCAACCUGUGUCGUAGGCUUGGUGAUGGGAAUACUUGUUCCAUAUAUGACCAACGCUCAUCAGUGGAACUGGGGCCUGAAGACCAGCUGGUUUUUCGCCGGCUGCGGUGCGCCAUUCACCUUGGCCAUUUGGUUCUUGAUUCCUGAAACCUCGGGCCGAACCCCUGCUGAGCUUGAUGAACUUUUUGAACGAAAGAUCAAGCCUUGGCGAUUCCACAAGACGAUCACAGCCACCCAGCGUAUUCUCGAUACGAACCGUUCACGCGAGACCGAGUGA